UAAUCGUAUCACAAAAUCGGUUCGAUCUGUGAACGAUUAUCAUGACAUUUUCGAUAUCGAAUCGAAAGAUUUCAUUAGUAUAGAUAGAUAGUAGGUAUUCACAUCGCGCAUCUUUACAAUGGUGUGAUUCCAGAUUUUUAUUUAUAGCAACUCAGAACCCAAUUAAGCAAUACUACUUUCCAAAUCUUCCUAAAGACUGUUUUUAAGGUUUAGUUUCCCGCAGCAACGAGGCCAGAUGUGCAGAGAUGCCAACAUUGAGAGAGAUAAAAAAGACGGAAUUAGUAAUUUAUUUUAUUAGUAUUAAUUAUUGUUAGACACCUAGUUAUCGCUUCUAGUGUUUUACUAAACAUUAAAAGAAAUUUAUUUAAAAAAUGAAAUAUUCUAACUGAGAUUUCGAUUAAACGAAAUGUAUUUUCGUGAAUAUAAUUUUAAAACGAAUGAGAAAAGGGAAAUCGUUUGAUGGACCAAUAUGGACAAUAUGACGUCGAAUGUCACAUUGAGGAACAAGCAACGGAAAGACAAUUUGAUUACGAGGAAACAGGACAAGAGUCCGGAGAAGAGUAUCAGAGGGACCCGGGGGGCUUACCGGGCUGUGCCCUCGACUUCGAAGAGGGAUGAGGAGGAGCCUGCGGACCGGCUGGACCGGUCCAAGAAGUUCAUCUCGCAGAACAAGGCAGGCUAUGGGCUGGGCAAGAGACCGGAGUUCCUCAAGAACAGGAACGUGCAUUUAGCCUCCUCGCGAUAUGGACAGAUGACGUCGGGGCUGCACGGGCACGGGAUCGCGGCGCCGGCGCACCAUCUCGAGCCCGCCGUGCUGCCCAAGGAGAAGACCGUCCAUGGGAAGGAGAAGACCUUUAAGGUUGUGGUCCCAGGAGAGGUCGGCGUGCUCAAGCCGGCCCUGGGGCCACGGCCCUACAAUGCCCUGGCCAUCAUCCACACCCAACCCAGCAACACCUUCGACAUGCUUAACUCGCUCACCACCAGCGUUGCAAACCAACCGGUCGGCGUGAGCGUGGGAGGCUACCGGCGCCGCAGCUCGGGCCAGGGCGCGCUGUGCGACCCGGAGCUCGACGACAGCGGCAACAAGCUCGUGGCGCGGCUGGAGGACGACGCCUUCAUCUCCGAGCAAGACUUGGAAGAGAACAUCGAGAUAGCAACAAAGACGGUUCGCCCAGAAGACGCCGAAGUGGAGGAGGAGGGCGCGGAGCCCACGAAACCCGCCAACGGUCUAGUGUACGGGGACCUGGAGCUGGACAAGCUAGAGCUGCAGAAAGACAAGCAGAAGCCCGAUGAGGACGAGGAGGAGCCAAUCGGCGUGUCGCCUUGCGGCAGGUUCUUCAAAUACGACAAGGAGGUGGGGCGCGGGUCCUUCAAGACGGUGUACCACGGGCUCGACACGCAGACCGGCGUGGCCGUGGCCUGGUGCGAGCUGCUGGAGAAAAAGCUAAAUAAGACCGAGCGUCUCCGCUUCCGCGAGGAAGCUGACAUGCUGAAGAAACUGCAGCACCCGAACAUCGUCCGCUUCUACAACUACUGGGAGGGCGUCGUGGCCAAGAAGAAGAACAUCGUGCUCAUCACGGAGCUCAUGCUGUCCGGGACACUUAAAGCUUACCUUCGUCGAUUCAAGCGAAUCAACCCGAAAGUGCUGAAGUCCUGGUGCCGGCAGAUCCUCAAGGGGCUCAACUUUCUACAUUCUAGGACUCCUCCUAUAAUUCAUAGAGAUCUGAAAUGCGAUAAUAUCUUCAUAACUGGCACGACAGGCAGCGUCAAGAUCGGCGACCUCGGCCUCGCCACGCUCAAGAACCGCAGCUUCGCCAAGUCGGUUAUCGGCACCCCCGAGUUCAUGGCGCCCGAGAUGUACGAGGAGCACUACGACGAGUCCGUGGACGUGUACGCCUUCGGCAUGUGCAUGCUGGAGAUGGCCACCGGCGAGUACCCCUACUCCGAGUGCAGCGGGCCCGCGCAGAUAUACAAGAAAGUCGUCUCGGGAGUGAAGCCGCAGAGCUUGGACAAGGUGGCGAUACCGGAAGUCAAAGACAUCAUCGAAUCGUGCAUCAAGCCAGAUAAAGGAGAUCGACCGAAAGUGAAGGAUCUGCUGAACCACGAGUUCUUCGGCGAGGACAUCGGGCUCCGGCUGGAGAUCGUGGGCAGAGACCUCGUCACCUCCUCCGACAUCGCCAAAAUACAGUUCCGCCUUAAAAUCAUCGAUCCCAAGAAGCGAUCGUACACCCACAAAGAGAACGAAGCCAUCCAGUUCGACUUCGACAUGGAGCGCGACGACUGCCAGGACGUCGCCAACGACAUGGCCAAGGCUGGCCUCAUCAUGGAGGAAGACGCCCGGCUGGUGUUCAAGCUGCUCAAGUCACAGCUGAUAAGCUUGACGAGGGAGAGGAGUGAGAAGAAGACCCAGAUGCUAUUCAACCAACAGCUGAUAGAGCAGGACCGACAGCAGCAGAUGUUGUUGGAGCAGCAGCUACGGCAGGUGAAGAUGAUCCAAAACCAACAAGUCGGACCUGUAGAAGUGGCAUCUGGACUUUUAAACGGCGUCGGAUCUCAACCAUUAGCGGCCGUGCAGUUAGAUCAGCAAUCCCAGCUCCUCCAAGCGCAACAGCAGCUGUUCCAGCAGCAAUUCCAGCAGCAGUACAGCGAUGAGGCGAUGCAGCUGCUGCAGCACAACCUGCGCCAGCAGGCGCGCCUCUCCCCCGCCGCGGCCGCCCCGCCCCCGCACCAGCUGCUGCAGCACCAGCAGGUUUUGCUAGAACAGAACAUGAAACAACAAGUUCUGAUGGAGCAGAACCUUCGAAAUCAGCAGCAGAUGUUAGAGCAGACGCAACAACUGGAAACCCAGCAGUUAGAUCCGCAGCAGAACAGCUUGCUCAACCAGCAGUGCAUCGCCAAUGAGAUCAGCAACCAGCACCAGGCGCUGCAGCAGCACAUUAUACAGCAGCAGCAGAACAUCAUAGCGCAGCAGGCGGUGGCCAUACAGCAGAAGCAGCUAGAAGAACAGCUAACUCAAGAUAACUUCAUCGCCCCACCAGCCGUAGCCCCCAACCAGCUGGACCCGUCGCUCCAGAACCUCCAGAACGUGUUGGCGCAGAUCAUCCAGCGGCCUGAUAGUCUCCAGGCGCGCAAGGAGUCUGAAUCGGAGCAGCAGCCGCAGCCCCAGGAGGACCUGCAGCAGCAACAACAAGAACAGAUGCUGCAAAUGCAACAGAACCAGCUGUAUCAGCAGGCGCAAUACAUCCCCCAGAAUAUUCUCCAGGUGGACCCCAACAUCUUGGCGCAGAGCCAGCAAGUCGCGCAGGCUCAACAACAGGUGAACCAGGCGCAGCAGCAGCUGAACAUGCAGAAGCACAUGGUGGCCCAGCAACAGCUGGCCCUCCAGCAGCAGAUGAUGACGCACCAGCAGCUCCAGGUCCCCGGGCAGACGCUCUCCCCCCAGCACAUCCGCACCCUGCAGCAGCAGCAGUACCUCGCACAGCAGGAAUUGCAACUGCAAUCGCAGCAAAACUACCUCGACCAGCAGAACCUGGCGUUAUACGCUCAAAAACAGCAGCUCAUGGGACAGCAGCAGCUCAAGGUCGAGGAGAUGCUGCGAGCUCAGAGGCCCAUGUACCAGCGACAGGCCUCCGAACAGAGCCAGAUCAGCUCUGCAGACGUGCACGAUCAACUAGUCAACGAAUACCAAAAACCUCUCCAAACACAGAUCUCCGUGGAUCAGUACAACCAGUAUUUGGAGCUGCAGCAGAUGCAGAAGCCUGAGGAAUACCACCAGAUGCACCAGAUGCAGGGGCAGUCGCUGCCCCACAAUAUGAUGAACUUUAGCGUGGCGGGCGACCGGCAGAUAUCUAGUCACGAAGGCACCCCGGUGCAGCAUUACGCCACGAACCCGCUGCAGCUGUACCAGCCGGCGCAGUCGCAGCCCGCGCCCAGCGCGCUGCACUACCAGGCGCGGGCCCGGGCCCAGGCCGACCUGCAAGGCGAACCGGCGGCGCCUAACGUGCCACACUCCGUGCAGACUUCAGUGCAGCAAACGGUGCAGAAUCAUGUACCACAGUCGGUGCCCAGCUCGGUGCCGCAGGAGCUGGGCAUCCCCAGCUCGUUGCCUCAGGAGGUCCGCGCGGCGCCCGAGGCCCCGCAGGCCCCGCAGGCCCCGCAGGCCCCGCAGGCCCCGCAGGCGCUGAGCCUGCCCGAGGCCGAGGCGGCGGGCGGCGGCCACAAGGAGCAGUUCCACACGCCGCUCACCGAGUUCCCCUCCGCGGCCGCGCACGAGGCCGCCGCGCGCCAGCCCGACCUGGCCUCGGUGGAUGAGAAGCAGGACGCCCAGGAGGCGGGUACAGCGAUACCAUCUCCAAUAACGGGGGACAAGAAAUCGCGCGGUUCCAAGAAGCGUUCGCGCGAGAAGGACAAGCUGCCCAAACUUACUGUGCUAGAGGUGAACGAGACGAACGUGGAGUGCCAGUUGGAGUCCAAGUCCAAAACGGUCACGUUCAAGUUCGACGUGACCGACGUCAACCCGGAGGAGAUCGCCACCAACCUGGUGUCGAACAACCUGCUGCCGGACUGGCAGGCGCUGACGUUCAUGGAGCUGAUCCGGGACAUCGUGCAGCAGCUGCUCGCCAACCCGGGCUGCGCGCCCGUGCUCAACCCGCAGCACUCUGCGCUGCGCCUGCAGCUAGAUAAGACUGAGUACGACAGCGAGACGACGGAGCGCGAGGAGAACCUGACGGACUCGAACCAGGACAACUCGGAGUGCACCACGCCCACCGCCAGCACCGACCAGCUGGCGCUGGCCGAGCUGGCGCUGGACCCGCCCGGGCCUGCCGCGCCCGCUGCCCCCGACCACGAGCCGCCGCCCAAGCCCGCCCACAUAGACAACAUCGCCAGGAAGAUCAGCACCGCCUCCUCUAUAGGUUCCAAUCAAUCGGACGGCGGAUCCACGGCGCCCGAGCGGCCCGCCGCCGCAGAGUGUCAGAACGGCGACAAGAAGCCCGCCGCGCCCGCGCGCAAGAUCUCGCGCUUCGUCGUCAGCCCCGUCGUGCCCCGCCCGGGCGAGCCCGAGCCCGAGAAACCCGACCAGAAACUCUACUCCGAGGUCGCUAAAGAACCUAAACCUGAAGUCAACGGGCUCGACAAAGAACCGCAGAAAGAAUUCGUUCCUACGCAUCAGUACUCAGUACCGCAGCUUUCCCACGCACCGCAAACCUUAACCGAUCAUAGGCCACAGGAAUUGAGUAGCGCGCCAACUAGUAGCAUACCGAAUAGCAUACCUAAUAGCAUACCUACUAGUAUACCUAAUAGCAUACCGAAUGUACCUACCAGUGUACCGGGGCCGGUGCAGACGAUUCCCGCCCCUAUGCCGACGGGGAUACAGAGCAUUCCGCAGCCGCUGCCGGCGUUUCAGAACAUCGGGCCGCUGCUGAACACGCUGCAGCCGAAUUUGACGACGCCGCUGCAGAUCGCGACGGACACGCCGCUACUGGGACUGAGUCAAUGUAUCCCCCUGUGUCAGGUGGGCACGCCGAUGGGCGGCGAGCUGGGCCCGGCGCCGCCCGCCGCCGCGCCGGACUGCUACCCCAACGCCGAGAACAUCCAGCGCAUGCUGCUCAAGCAGAACAUCAUGAACCAACAGCAGAACCUGUCCGGGCCGAACCUGCUGGGGCUACUGAACCAGCCGGCCUACCCGCAGCCCGACCUCAUGCUGCACAACUCGCUCCUCAACAACGCGCAGCCUGCGUUGUCGCAGCGCCUGCCGCCCUACCCCGCCUACCAGCCCAUGCUCGCCUCCGCCAACGACCUCUACGCUCAGCAGCAAGCCCUGCAGGCGGGCAGCCUGCCGGGGCUGGCGCCCGCGCUGCCGGCGGGGCUGGUGGGGCUGGGGCUGGGCGCGCCGCUGCUGCCGCCGCUCGCGCUCAACCAGAACCUCAUGGCGCAGAACCGCCAGAACCUGGGUCUAGCGGGUCAGAACCUAGGCCUGGGCGGGCAGAACUUGGGCCUCGGUGGGCCCGGUCUCGGCCUCAGCGGCGCCGGCCUCGGCCUCGUGGCGCCGCUCAACACGCUGCAGCGGGCACGCGCCUGCUCCGCGCAGCGCAGGAUCCAGGAGGACUUGCAAGGUCUGGCGACGGGGUCGCAGGGCUCGUCGCAGCCCAGCACGCCGAACAAGCCGCACUCGUACAGCGAGUACAUGAUGACGCUGCAGCACAAGCUCGCCUCCAUCUCCAACAGCGGGCCGGUGUCGCCGCAGUCGCCCGCGGAGUACAGCCCGGCGCUGUCGCCCACGCACCGCCUGCAGCAGCCGCAUAAACAAUUGGGUGGUGUGGUGCAGGUGGAGGCGGGCGCGGGCGCGGGGGCGGGCGCGGGCGCGGAGGCGCACAAGCGGCACGUGGCGGGGCUGGCGGAGCUGGACCACGAGCUCAGCAAGAUCUCGCUGCACUACAAGCAGCCGCCGCCCAAGGACGUGUUCCCGGAGCACGGCGGCGAGGGGCACUCGCUGCUCGCGGCCGCGGCGUACGACGAGGGCGGCGCGCUGGCGGGCGGCUGGCGGGCGCGCGUGGCGCGCGUGCAGCCCUGCGCGCCCUACCAGCUCUGCCGCAUCCUGCAGCACGCAAAAGACAAUCUGGCGAGCGGGUCGUUCACGGGCACGGAGGAGGGCGACGCGGGCUCGCUGUGCUCGGAGACGGCGGCGGAGGCGGACGGCGAGGCGGAGGCGGAGCCCGAGGAGAGCGCCACGUACGUGGUGACGGGCGGCGUGCGCGCGCGCACCGUGCGCGUGGAGGACGCGCUCGCCGACUGCGUCGUCACCGUCAUCGACCCUAGUCAGAUUGUGGAGAGCUCGCGGCCGUUGGUGGGCGCGGACGGCGACCGCAGCUACCUGGUGCUGGACCCCCUGCGGGCGCUCACGGCCACCGUGCUGGACCGGACCCUGGCGCUGGACCGCGACCCGGCCUGCGCGCCCCUGCGGCCGCGGCCCGCCAGCCCGCCCGUGCAGGGCGGCGUGCCGGCGAGCGAGGAGCUGGCCAGGUGGAGGAGUGGAGACUAUGGUUGGCCGUGGGCGGAAGGCAGCAUCCUGGAGGCGGAGCUGUGCGCGGAGCGGGCGCGGCGCGGGGCGGCGGCGCGGCGCGGCGCGCGGCGCGGGGAGCUGGCCGCCGACCUGCUCGUGCACGAGGCGCUCACCGACCGCGCGCUGUGCCGGCAGGUGGUGCUGCUCGCGCUGCGGCCGGCGGCGGGCUCCUUAUGACCUGUGUAGCGAUUCACACUGUACCUUAUAUUUAUUACGCUGUAACAUAUACAUAAUCUAUAUCAUUACUCGUAAAUUAAAUAUUCAUAUGUGAUAUCUA